AUGUCCGACAAUGGUUCUAGAGGUGGGAAAGAUGUCAACCAAGACAGCUUUAAGUUCUACGACCCAUCCACCGACACCUUCACCUCAUCCGCCCCUGAAAGCGUACCCGCAUUCCUGGCCGCUUCGUCUCUAGCGUACGGCACUGACAGGGACAAUGACCUCCUCUGGCCCGAAGAGCAAUAA